AGGAAAGGAAAGUAAAACACUGACAUUUGUGCAUACAGGACGCAUUCUCUUAAAUUUGUGACUAGUGAGAAGUUCUGUUAUGUUGUAAAGAAUUAAUAUAGAUUCAAUUUUUUAAAAAUUGAAGUCAGUUUGAUCUACUCUGCUACACGAUCUAUGUUUGACAGAGAACCUUAGACAACUAAUAGAGAUUGUACUGUAUUGUGGAUAACUAGCGAUAUAGCCGGCUAUAUUGUUUAUGUUUACUUGAUGCUGAAAUAAAGUCCUUGUCAAUAACAUUUACAAUCACAAGACCAUGAUGCAUUGGUUUGACUAACUUCACCAUUUUUUUAAUUCACACACCACAAGCAACUAGCUGUCUGUAUGCUGAAGUUUUAUUUUUGACCAAUUUUUUUUUAAAAAUAAUGCAAAGAAAAAAAAAUUAAUGAAAAUUUAAAUGACAUUUAACUCUGUGUUUAUAUACUAUUGUGGUCAAAUGCAAUGGCUAUGACAGAAUUAGAAAAGGAGCACGUCAUCCAGAACGGUCAUGAACCCUCUGUCCCAAAAAAAACUUUAAAAAGGGAAGAGGUAAAUGGUAUAAAGGAAAAUGCUGAUCAUAAAGAAAUAAAAGAAAAUCACGAGAUAACAGAAAGAGUUUUACCGGACUUGUUAGCAAAUGAAAUAUUACUGGAGCCUCCAACUAUCCAGGAAAUCACCGAAGAAAAUGAAGAUGAGAAACAGGAGCCAGAAGUUAAAGCUAUUGCUACUAGUCCAGAUGGCAGGUUUUUAAAGUUUGAUGAUGAAGUUGGUCGAGGCUCGUUUAAGACUGUUUACAAAGGUUUAGAUACUGAAACAGGUGUAGCAGUUGCGUGGUGUGAACUUCAGGACCGUAAAUUAAGUAAGGGAGAAAGAAGUCGUUUUAAAGAAGAAGCUGACAUGUUAAAGACUUUGCAACAUCCUAAUAUUGUUCGUUUUCAUGAUUAUUGGGAGAAUAGCGUUCAUUUGAAAAACGGAAACAAAGAGCGAAAACUUAUUCUUGUUACAGAAUUGAUGACUUCUGGCACAUUAAAAACCUAUAUCAAGAGGUUUAAAGUAGUGAAAGAAAAAAUCCUUGUUAAUUGGUGUCGACAAAUCUUGCGUGGUUUAAAUUUCCUUCACACGCGAACUCCAGCUAUAAUCCAUCGAGAUUUAAAAUGUGACAAUAUUUUUAUCACUGGAACAACUGGUCUAUUGAAACUGGGAGAUCUAGGUCUAGCAACUUUUAAAAAAGCAUCGUUUGUUAAAAGUGUUAUAGGAACGCCAGAGUUUAUGGCUCCUGAAAUGUACGAAGAGCGAUAUGACGAGUCUGUUGACGUCUACGCAUUUGGAAUGUGUAUGCUGGAAAUGGCUUCUGGAGAAUAUCCGUACAUGGAAUGCCAAAAUCCAGCUCAAAUUUACAGACGUGUUACAACGGGAGUACCUCCAGAAUCUUUAAGUAGAGUUGUCUCGCCACUAGUGAGAGAUCUAAUACAAGGAUGCACAAAGAAAGAAAGAGCAGAACGAUUGACUGUUAAGGAAUUACUCGAAUCUGAGUUUUUUCAAAUUGAAAAGGUACGAGUUGAAUUAGCGAGACCCAUCAAUGAAAUUCUUGAAGAAGACUUACAAGUGAUCCCGCUCAGGUUAAAGGGAGAGCGUGCCAACCACAGCCAGGAUGAAGCGAUUGAGUUCGACUACACUAUUGAUGAAGACAAUCCUGAGUUGGUUGCAGGGGAGAUGGUGAAAUCAAAGCAUGUAUUUGAAGAUGACAUGAAGAAUGUAACAAAAGCUAUACGAAAUGCUAUGACAUCCUUCUUCCGUGAAAAAGAAAAGUUUGGUAAAGAAAAAAGCGAAAAAGAAAAGGAGCGAGUGGCUCUUGAGAAAAUGAAAUCUCAAGAAGACACCACGACGGAGGUGAAAGCAGAACCCUCUCCUGCAGAUGAUGAAACACGCAAACCAGCCACCGUUAUCGAAAAUCCAAAUUUUGCUACUGAAUCGUCUGUGGAGGAAAAUUCAGAUAAAGCGAGUGAAAGUGGUAGUGUUGUUAUGCUCGAGCGAUCCAAUUCAACUCAAACUAACGCUCCUACAGAUGCUCCAGUGGAUCUGUCUUUGGCACCUACUGGAAAAAGUUCUGAUGAAAGUUUGGAAGUCACAUCAAAUCCAUCCUCUGUUAAUGAUAUAUCCGAAGCACGGGCGCCUUCGCCACCAACCACUGAAGCAGUUGUUGAUUCAACUAUUUCAGAUACUGGUCGAACAUCUCCUCCAAUACAUACUGGAAAUGGCGGUGCGAUGCAUGGCAAAACUAGAGAGAAAAACAAAUCGAAAAAAGACCGGCUGCCGAAACUUACUCUUCAAUGCGUGCGUGAUGAAUCUGUGGCGGAGUGUUCGUUCGACACGCACAGAAGUGCGCGCAUUACGUUUCAGUUUGGUAUCAAAGAGGACGCACCAGAAGAUAUUGCUGACAAGAUGAUCGAGGCUGGUCAUUUGCGUGCAUCAAAUAAACAGCUGUUCGUCAACCAGAUGAAAGAAAUCGUCGCUGGGGUGGAGAGAGGAGAUAUACCCGACUCGAAAAAGAAGACUGGUGAUAGCGAAAACAAAUCGGAUAUGGAUGGCAUUAUCAUAGAAGACUCCAACGCACAAGAUAGCAUCUCAUCGGUCAGUAGCAUAUCAAGCGGUGAAACUUCGUACACAAGUGGUAGCGACCAACGAAAGUCGCCUGUUUCUGUCGAGUUAGAUGCAGCUUUAAAGAUGGGUACCGUUGACAUUACAGAUGCUACUACCAAAGAGGACCCCAAAGAAAGUAAAACUGAACCUCCAGUUGAUUCAAUUGCAAACAAAUCCUUUUCGCCGCCAUGUGAACCUGGAUCUCCGAAGAAAACAAAUGGGAGGUUCAGCGUAGCCAGAGUCCAGUUGGAAACUCAAGAGUCAAAUGCUCCAAAAACCACCGGCAGAUUCAAUGUAAAAGCCGUCACUGUAAGCAAUGCAUCUGAUAUGUCGUCACCGCUGUCGCCGUCAUCUGACCCAACAAGCCCGAACUCUGCACUCAGUUCACUAAACAACUCUCUUAGCCUUCCACAAGGAAGUUUUGCUGAACGCAUGCGAACAGAAUCGGAUCCCUGUUCCGACUGCAAUCCGUUUGUUCCCGCUGUUCAUCACGCCCGGCAAAGAUCUGAACCCCUUCGUCCAAUUUCUCCAGUAGAACUGGAAGCGAUAAUAAUGAAGGAGGCUGCAAAUAUAUCUUCUUCACAAGCUACUAAGUCUGGAAUUACACGUCCAGAUCCCGAUGCGAUCGUCAGCGUUGACGCGGCUGCUAAGGGUAAAGAGGAAGACAAGACAGGUGUCCUUAAGGAGAUGUUACAGGAAGUAUUGGUUAGGGGUAAGGAGCACACGUUUGUUGUGUCUUCUGUGCUCGACAAACCACCCAUCCUGGCGACUUCGGAGUAUAGUGCAGCCAGUGAAGCAAAUGCGAAGGCAGAGUCACCUCAGUCAACCAUAAACAAUUCAACAGCUUCUAAAUUACUUACAUCGGAUUCAAAGGUGUCUCCACAAAAUACAGAACAUGCACCACCACUCCAUCCUCCCCUAAAAAGUGUCAAUAGUACUGUGUUGGAAUUCGACCCUUUUCUUGCAGAAGCAGGUACUGCUCCCACGGAUACCAAGUGUGAAAACCAACGCUCAGGUGGGGCGCCGCAGAGCGGCUACUCUUCUUCAGUGGCAGAUUCGGCGAGUAGCAGUCGAACUGCAUCACCUACGUCUAUGCUUACACCUUCUGAAUCGAUGGAAAACAUCAAGGCGAGCGUUGGUCAAGCAUCAUCCGUCGUUUCGAACACGAAAGUGGAUGAAAAUGUGAGCAGUAAACCGCCAUCACAUCCGAGCAGGUCUCGUACUUCGACAUCUAGCAGUUCCACAUACAACGUAUCAGACAUGUUACUACAAGCUGUCGUAUCUUCUGAUGAAUACACGAAAAUCAGAAACAAACAUAAAAAAGAAAUGACGUCAAUGCAGAGGCGGCACAACGAAGACUUUGCGUUUCUCAUCGCGAAAAUGCGUCAAUCGCAAGAACAAACCACGGUGGUACAAGAUGUCUCUAGAGACCACGGUGAAGCAACAGGUCUUUCUACUAAAAAAGAACUACCCAAGGCUGACGAUGCCAAAGAGCGAAGGGAGCGCAAACCCAUGUCGCGUCACAGCUCUCAAGAACUUUUGGACACUGCUGGUCUCGGUCACGGUGAAAUACAGCCUGGUAGAAAGGCGGAGACAGAAAAGGCUCGUUUAGAUCAAAUGUACAUGGAACAGCUUAACUCGAUGGUAAGUUUGUCCAAAAAACAAGAACCAAAUCAAAAGUCGGAUUUAAAACUUUCCAAACCCAGCUUAAACGAACUCAAACUAAAAAGUCAAGCUGCUCAAAUGAAAAAGCAACCUAGUACUGAGGGCCUUAAAUCCUCUACUGUCUUGGUAAGUGAAGCGUCGAGUGCAUCAACUGUGACAACAGCUUCGACAAGUCUCGCAGCAACUAACGUCAUAUCGACAUCGACUACGAGCACUGGCUUAAACAAAAAUCGAAUCAGCGCGGUCGCGCAACAGGUCGGCGCCGAGAUGUUUGCUCAGUCGUUGAUUAACUUGAACCUUUCGUCGUUGUUGCAUUCAGUUGAGAUGAGAGAAAGAAGAUUGAAGUCGAAGACUGCACCAGUUGUCACAUCAGCUUUGCCAAGCAACUCGCCCCAAUCGACUGCGGCUGGAUAUUCUCAUUAUCACACUAUAGGCGCGGGAGACCAGCAUGCGUUUUGUCCGUCUGGAGCGUCAAACGUUUCGAAUCAACCGGCAGCGACGUCUUUAUUUCAGACUGACGUUGCUUCAGAUUUAAGUGACUCCGGGUUGCAUCUUCGCAGUUCAGUUGAUGGUUCUUCUCGAGCAAAUGAAUCCGAAAGAAAUAAAUGGCCACCACCUGGCGUGGAUUUACAUCGGACUAAUAGCUUAAAUGCACUCGAAGGUAUCGCUUUGCCUGGCCAAUCGACGUCGCCUAAUCACCCGUCUUGUCAUAGUGUACCGCAGUCGAACGGACCACUUUGAUUGUAAUAAUGUACACGAGUCUCACUCUGGGUACAAAUAAAAUUACGUUUUUAUGAAAUCAGGAAUAACAGUUGUUUGAAUGAUUUGUUUUCCGAAUAAAAGAAUUUAUUUUUUAAAUUUAAUUUUGUAUUCAUAGUAAAAAAUGGUUGUCGUUAUAAGUAUUAUAUGUUUACCCCCUGAAAUAUUUAUGCCCCCCUUCUUGUGGAACUCUCAGUCUUAAACAAACCGGGUGCAAUGUUCGACAUUUAACAUCUGCAUUGUAACGUUAGAGUUUUAAUAGCUCGUUAUUUGUUGUUCGGUUCAAUUAGAAAUUUUAGUUCGUUGAAGUUUAUUCUUUCUGUGACACGUUUGUUUAUAAGCUUUAACGAAGGAGAACAAUGAUACCAUCGCAGGUCUUUUUCGCAUCUUUGGUUCUAUGUUUUUAUUUUGUUUAUUUUAUUUUCCAGAAUUAGCAUAAAAUGCAGAAAAAAAGUUUCAACACCUAUUUUCUUUUAACCUUCUGAAACGUUUUCCAGACUUCCUUAGUUAACAUAUAGCUUUAACUAAAACCGACAAACUUUUAAAGCAUCGAUUACACUGACGGAAAUGUAGUUUUGUUGUACAUUGUUAUUUAUUUAAGAGUUUUAUAUAGUGAAUAAUCUUGGAUGUUUGUAACAGCUUCGUGUUCAUCAUAUUUUGAAAGCGAGGUUGAUUUUGUUGACUUUGUUAUUCCGUACACUUAACGAAACAAAUACACAGAAACGUCCUCAA